GAGAGAGAGAGAGAAGACUUGGGUAAGCGUGAACGAAUUACUGGUUUCACAAUGGGUAAACCGUGCCUGACACAUCGUUAUUUUCUUCAUGUAAGUGUGACGUCGGAUAUUGAUGAUACAGUUGAAAAGUGCAGUGGUCCGUGUGCUGCGUCACCUCUCAGUCGGCUGCCAGCUUAGCGGCUCGGCGGGAGUGGUUCACAUUAUGGUUGAUACAUUCAUUUAAGAGAAGCAGUCAAUUCACCACCACCAUCAACGUUCCGGGUGUCUGGCAAUGUAAUACUGCGGAAAGUCAUCCAUUAUUACCUUCAACACGAGGCGCAAUUAAAAGGCACGUGAGGAGCGCAGCACGUGAAGGAUGGCUAUUGUUGGCCCUGAACGUAAACAACGGCUCGAAAGACCUUUCCUGUUUUUAGGAAGUUUUGGGGAAUUUAACGAGCCUUCCGGCCUUGGCAGAGAACCACACUGACAUGUGGGGUCCCCCAGGGGACCAGGAUGGGUUCUCUAUGCUUCCUCCUCCUCAUUAACGACGCCCUCACUGACACCCCCCCAUCGCUGGAAGUAUGUGGACGACUGCACCUUGGGCGUCCCAGUUUCCACCAAGAACUUGGACUACUCGCCACUGCAAGCAAUUCUGGAGCGACUGUAGACGUGGACGGAGGAGAGCAGGAUGACCAUCAACCACAGCAAAACUGUGGUGAUGCAUUUCUGUACCUCCUCUGUACCAGUGCCCCCUCCCGAGCUCACAGUGGGCCCUCACCCCAUCCAGGUGGUCCAAUGUGCCAAGCUUCUCGGAGACACGGUGGACGACCAGCUGACCUGGAAGCAGCAUGUCGCCAGCACCGUAAGAUCAGCUACCUACAGGCUGUACAUGCUGCGCAGACUCAGGUCGCUGGGGACGCCGACAGAUGAGUUAAGGGGGGUGUACCUCAUCUUCAUCCUCCCCAAACUCAUGUAUGCCUCCCCAGCGUGGUCCUCCUCCCUCACACACACUCAACAGCUACAGCUAGAGAGUGUGCAGAAAAGGGCGUGCAGGGUCAUCCUUGGCCCUGCCUACACCACCUAUGAAGAAGCCCUGACCACCCUGAGUCUGUCCAGACUAUCCACUAGGCACCGAGAGGCUCUGGAGAAGUUUGGAAGGGGACUACUGCAUGCUGCCGCCUGACGCGCCUCGCCCGGUCCGUGCCACCAGACACCACAACAAGAUAACGCCCUAAAGGCGCCGUGCACGGACCAGUACAGACUUAGCGCGAUUCCCACCAUGGUGCGAGCCAUCAAUCAAUAGUCCCUUUCUAGAUUAGACUUACCUUUAAGGAUUAAUGUUAAGUAUUUCCCCACCCCCUCUGUACAUUUUCAGUUUGUUAACUGCCUAAAUAAUAAACCGUUUAUUAUUAUUAUUAUUAUUAUUACACACACACACACACACACACACACACACACACACA